AUGGUCCUGCAAGCCUCGAGUUGUCGGACUGGAUGCAUUAGAGACCUGAAACAUGUCAGCCUUUGCUCAAUUGACGUCGAGCGAUCACCUGAUCAUGGCUACAGCCCACCCGGCCAGCCAAUCAGUCCCACUCUGUCCAACCGCAAACUCCCCUCUUCGAUACUUUUGCACAAUCUGAAGGAGACACAAGCACACAAACACACCUACAUACAUACACAUAUAUACUAG